GGCUCGUUUGACCGCCGUCCAGUGGACCGUCAGCGAGAUGGAUGCGAUGUUCAACAUACUGGAGCAGUUCAGGCUGGAAUCCUCCUACAACCGGUUCGCGCAGUUGGGCGUGAAGGAUGUAGAAGACUUCCUGGAUUGCAUAACGGAUGAAGAUCUGAACAGCAUCGGUUUGAGUCACGUGGAGAAGAAUCGUUUUUCAUCCAUGAAAAACUUCAUUCAAAGGCUGAAGGCCACGGGGCCACAAGUUCAAGCCGUGAUGCCUGUACAGAAGUGGUUGGAGCCGUUCACUCUGCAGUACACCUACCCUAAAUGUCCUCAACCUGUGCACAUCAAAGAUAUGGAUCCGGCAGUAAACACGGUUGAGGAUCUGAUGUUGACAAUUUGCCAUCUCGAAAGUGUUGGCAACUCCAAAGGAGUCUGUCUCUACGCAGUCGAUGGGAUGCCACUAACCGAUGAUCCCUUCUUCAACACGUGGUCUCUAAAAGAUAGACAUAUUGAAAACGGAGCCGUAAUUUACGCCAUAUUUACACCAAAGGAAAACGUGAAACGGGCUCCUCAGAUACCGAAACGAGAGGUUGGCGAAACCAACGGUGACGAUGUGGUUCGAUGCCACAUCAUGCUCAAGGGAGAUUUUGAGGUGACCGUAAACUUGGCAAGUGACACCAUCACCAGUCUGAGACUCAAGCUGGCAAACCAAAGCGGAGUCCCAACACAUGUCCUUCACUACAAAGGUCAACAUUGUGGCGGCGACACGCUGCAGCAUUGUGGGAUCUCCGAGGAGGCGCCGGUGAACUUCUCCUUGUCCACCUUUUCUGACGAGACUUCACACGACGAGACGUUCUUCAUUAACGAUUGUGUGCCUUCAGUCCAGCAAACCCAGAAGGGAAUCAGUGUGUUCUUGUCCUCACUUUAUGCUGUGAGAAAACAUUAUGCAACAGAGCAAGUGAAGAAACUCAUUUCCUACGUGAGAAAACUGACUGGAUGCAACCCCCUCGCCCAAAGUUUGCAUCAGUUGCUCUGUAGGAAUGAAAAGCUGACCAGGAAUCAGAAGGUGGCAGUCUUUGAAGGCUUGUACAUCCUCUUCAGAGAGCUCCUGCCUCAGCGUGCGGCCCAACGAGGGGAGAAAGUCAUCGAAGACAUGGAUGUCUUUGAGAAUGCACUGUGCUGCUGGGCUCACCUCCUAUCGGAAGCAAAGAACCAGGACGCGGACCAGGAGAGCUACGCCCCCGUCGCUCUCACCGCUGAGGACGGCCGGCGCUUCUCUGAACCCGUCCGUGUGCCCGGAGUACCGGGAGCCUUCGAACGGGCGGACGUUCUCCAGAAAAUCAAAGAUGGGGAGAAAAUUCCCAAUUGCAUCGAAGAGGUUUUGCAAGAAACGUCACUACGGAGAGACAAGGACGUUGAAAGGCUCCUGCUCAGUUUGCCUCCGUUCAUCAGAACUUAUCCUCUUUGGAUCGGCCAAGACAAGACGACCGGUCUAAACUUUCAGAUCAAGAUGGAGAAGACUUUUGGAAGUAUGAUGGAAGAAUUAAAAUCUCCGUACAAUCACAACCUGAAUGUGACCCCUCCUCUACACCUGAAGGAGCUUGGACAGUGUGUGGCGCGUCUUAUUCUUCUCAGUGAAGACAACAUUGGCGUCUGUUUGCAUAAAGAAAAAGGAUCACCAGACAUGAUCCGAGUGCUCGAUUGUUUGGAGGGCGAAAACAAACUAGUGGAUGUGAAUGUGUUGGCAGCCAGGACCGGUGACCACCGAGACGACCGAACAUUUGUCACCACCAGGACCCCAAAAGAGGCCAUAGUGGUGCUGAUCGACACCAGCUCCUCCAUGGAGGAGGAGUGCUAUGUGGGGUCGGACAUGAAGAAGAUCAACGCUGUGAAAGAGCUCUUUGACAACUUCGCCACCAGGACCAUGGCUUACGACUUUUGUCACGUCAUCGGCCUCGUGACGUUCGACUCCCUGGUGAAAAUUCUCCACACUUUUACGGAAAAUCUGGAAAAGUUCAAGGAACACAUGCGGAACGUCGAGGCGAGUGGUUGCACUCUGCUGUACGACGCCCUGCGGCGUGCGGCGUCCGAGUUGGAAAAGGUGCACACGAGGUUCCCGGACUGCCGGCUCCGCAUCAUGUGCCUCACCGACGGCAACGAUUCUGGAUCCUCCAUAGAGCCGGACGCGGUUACAGUCAAACUGCUUAAAUCCGACAUCGUCGUGGACUCGAUCCUUCUGGGGGAUGUGGAGAACAACACGCUGCACGGGAUCAGCAACGCGACAGGUGGUUGCUGUUUCAAACCGCAGACAACCAAACAGGGUCUCAAGCUCUUUGAGAUGGAGACAGUCCUGUCUUUGGAGCAGAGGCAGCUGAAGGAGGCGCUCGACCCGUCUUCGGUCACUCGGAGUAGUUUGUGGAGCAUCUUCGAGACUCAAGGGUACGAUGAAUGUCCAGAGACGUCCAUGCCGAGCCAGAUAAACGGCAAGGUGACGGCGACGGCAAGAAAUAGUGCUCUGAAAAAGAACACCCGGCGGUCGUGGCGCUGCGGCGCCGAGAACGACAAGCGCGUCCUGGAGGAGCUGAAGAUGCUGCAUUGUCGACCGCAUCCCUUCUUCAGGGUCUUUCCCUCGGAGUCCGACUUCAAGUUCUGGAGGAUUCUCAUGCAAGGCCCUCCGGACACUCCGUAUAGCAGAGGAGUGUUUGAGCUGUACUCUCAGUUUGGUCCCGACUACCCGGCCAAGCCUCCGAUCGUCCGAUUUGUCACACGAAUGUACCACUGCAACGUCAACAGCGUGGGACGCAUCUGCCACAACAUUUUUGACCGCAACUACAAUGCCCACAUCACCAUGAGGGAGAUCCUGGAAGCUGUGUACGGACUCCUCAUCAUCCCGGAGCCCGACGACCCGCUGGACAGCAUCUUGGCUGAAGAAUUCCUAACGAGCCGAGAGACGUACGAACGGGAAGCAGAGAGACAUACGGAGGAAACCGCAGGAAAGUCACUGGAUGAAAUGGAGAAAACAUUGGUGGGGCCGUUGGCACAGUUUAUUCCCCAUCACCUGAUCUGUCCGCUCACCAAGAAGAUGUUUGUGGAUCCUGUGAGAACGGUGUAUGGUACUGUGUAUGAACGCAAAGCCAUUGAGGAACACCUCAAACGAGACCAGUACGAUCCGACCGCCGGCCCCGGACACGAGCUGGAAAUGAGCGACAUCACAGCAGACCAGGACAUGAAGAAAAUGGUGACGGAUCAUCGUUCUCUUCAAAUUCAGUUGGACGUUAGCGAGGAGUAGUUUUAACAAUCAUCAAAGUCAACCAGCCACUCUUAGUCUUUUUAUCCCUGCAUGUUCUUUUGUGAUUUUAUAUGUGCAUGUCAUUUGAUCUGUCAGUUGGGAAAGGUUAGUGCAGAUUGUUCAUUAAUCUCACUUCUUUUUUGAGAUCACGUCAACUUUUAUGUGACAGACAUUUGUUUUCUUUGUUGGGAUGUUUGUGUUACGAGUUCAUUGUUAUCUAACUUGAUUUUUCAAUCAUUUGCAUGCAGUUAUUUUAUUAUCUUUAAAUGUUGUAAAUGUAUUUUAAUAAUCACUGCGUGUUAUAGUAGUGUUGGCAAAAGAAAAAAAGACUUGAGUAAUGGAUGCCGCACUUCCUAUUUUUAACGUUGCAAAACACACAAAUGCUCCAAGUUGUCGAUACUAAAGUAUAUUAAUCUGUUAUGUCCCACAUAAUAAUGUUGUGCCGGCACAUGAUCACAUUGAUUGUUGUGAGUGAAAGGAGAGACUAGAUGUCAUUUGGAGCAACACCCGUCAAUAACCAAUAUUCUGUCAAUAAAACGAUUCUCUGCAAAGAUUGUCAACUUUGAA